UCAUUUGGUGCUCAACCUGGUAAAAGGCAUUCUUUGGCCGAUUGGUGUCUGCUCAGUCACUCAGCUGCUUUCAGAAGCAUGGUAACGAUGUCGAGUGACUGGCUCAUACUCGUAUAGUAGUUUUAUUUUUAACUUCUAAAGAAACCAUCAAACCAUUUUUCAGAGUAAUUGUGCCGGUUUCCAUUCCCACCAACAGUUCACAAGAGUUCCAGUUCCUCUGGAUUUUCCCCAACACUUGUUAUUGCCUGUCCAUUUGACAUCAUCCUAGUGGAUGUGAGCGUGGCUGCGGGGUGAUAGCCUACAGUUAAAGAGAGCCACAAGUCUGAAUUUAUAGAGCUGAGGAAGUGGAUGAAGGAUAGGAAUUUUGAAGAUACAAAUUUAACUCCUGCUCGUUUUCCAGGCACUGGGAGAGGCCUGAUGAGCAGAACAGCCCUGCCGGUCAGAACGGCCCCUGGAGCCUUUGGAAUGCAUGCUCAGUUUUGCUGCUUUGUUUUGGAGUUCAGAAUGUUUCUGAAAACAUUGAAAUGUUUAAAACACAUUGUGGGGCAGAUGAUUAUUUCUGUGCCUGAGAGUUGCCUGCUCACCACGGACACAGUGAUUAGAAGCUACUUAGGGGCGUACAUUACAAAGUGGAAGCCGCCUCCAUCUCCUCUGCUGGCUCUCUGCACCUUCCUAGUUUCUGAAAAGCAUGCUGGGGACCGGUCUCCCUGGAAGCCUUACCUGGACACACUACCUGAGGCCUACACUUGCCCUGUUUGUUUAGAGCCGGAAGUGGUGAAUCUUCUCCCCAGGCCUUUAAUAACAAAGGCUCGAGAACAGAGGAGCUGUGUUGGGGAGUUUUAUACGUCCUCCAGAGACUUUUUCUCCUCCCUGCAGCCUCUCUUUUCCGAGGCAGUUGAGAGCAUCUUCACCUACAGCGCCCUCCUGUGGGCCUGGUGCACGGUCAACACCAGAGCUGUGUACCUGAGUCACCGGCGGCAUGGGUGCCUCUCCACCGAGCCAGAUACGUGUGCCCUUGCCCCGUUCCUGGACCUGCUGAAUCACAGUCCAGACAUCCAGGUAAAAGCAGCAUUUAAUGAGGAAACGCACUGUUAUGAAAUUCGAGCGGCUUCCAGAUGUAGAAAACAUGAAGAGGUGUUCAUCUGCUACGGCCCCCAUGACAACCAUCGCCUGCUCCUGGAAUACGGAUUUGUUUCCCCCCGGAAUCCUCAUGCCUGUGUGUAUGUCUCACGAGAUAUACUUGUUAAGUAUCUUCCAUCAACAGAUAAGCAGAUGAGCAAAAAGAUUGCCAUUUUAAAGGACCAUGGCUUUCUGGAGAAUUUGACAUUUGGAUGGGAUGGACCGUCUUGGAGGUUACUCACGGCUCUCAAGUUGUUGUGUCUGGAGGCUGGAGAAUUUACAUGCUGGAAAAAAGUACUUCUUGGUGAAAUAAUUUCAGAUACAAAUGAGAAAGCAAGUUUGGACAUAACCAGGAAAAUAUGCUCUUAUUUUAUAGAGGAGUCUAAUGCUGUGCUUCAAAAGGUUUCUCACAUGAAGGAUGAAGAAGUCGCUCUGACCAACCAGCUAACUUUGGUAGAAACUCUGUGGGCUGAAGAACUAAAGAUUCUCCAGGCCUCAGCCACCAUUCUUGGCAGUUUGCAAACAGGGCUCGCCUAACUUCACCCUGGUACCCAUGAUGCCCUCCUCUGGUGGGGUGCCUUCUUAAGUAAUGUAACAUUUUUCACUGCUGUGUAAUGAAUUAAAUUCAUUGUGUAGAAUCA